UUUAUACCCAGGUCGCGAGCGCGGGUGGUGAUCGGGAACAACUGCUCGGGGCCCAGCUUCGGCAUCCGAGACUACAACUACCAUCCCAGCUACUCCACAGAGCCGUUCAGUUCUCUUGUCAUGAUACAGCUGAACAUUGAGGGCGUCAUAUCGUUUGCACGGUGGCGACCGAUCUGUCGACCUCCGACUCACUUCAAGGACCAACCAUUUUACGCAAUGGUUUUAUCUAAUAGUUGCAGUAAAUCCAGAGUGAGAAUACACAAAAUGAAAUACGUGUCGCCUGAACACUGCAAAUCGUUUUACAGACGUACCGGGGCCGACGUGGAUGGCGAUUGGCCGUCGUACACUGCAUGCGCGCGCAGUACUUCGGGAGGUGACUGCGUGUGGCGCAGCGGUGCUAUCCUCGUCGUCAAGAUCAAAGACCGGUGGAGACUGUUGGGUUUCGGUAUCUACGGCCCUGGUUGUGAAUCGCCAGCAAGGUUCCUGGACUACGGAAAGUACCACCAGUGGGUGGCGCACAACAUUGACAGAAUGGGCAAGCCUGCUAUAACCACAUUGGCAGACAACCAUGUCGUCUUGAGGAGAUCUCUAGCCCAAAUCCAGCGGUUCGGUAAAUGUGAUGAAGAGGAGAAAGCAUAUCUGGCGUACUCUGACUAUGACCACAUCACCAGCGAUAAGGGAUUCUUUAAUUAUAAUAUAUCUAUAUACGGGGAGACAAACUAUCCGUGCAUUGAGUUCGAAGCGAAUCAUAAUCCGACGGUCGGAACAAAACCUAGAAUGCGUUUACGUCAAUGGUGCCUAAUGAAUAUGCGAAGGCCCCCUCAUGAAGUUUUUAAGGAUCCAAUAAAAGAUAAAGUAUGCUUCAGCCCAAGGUAUAAGUACGGGGAGGCACAUUUUAAUGUAGAAGUUGAUUAUACCGAAGAACUACAUUUCCAUGUUAACGUCUAUAGAAAAACAUACCAAAGAUUUAUAAAACCUAAAUUCAUGAUCGCUGUAAUGAAUAUGGAAAGUAGUUUUCCAGAAAUACCGUCCCCAGUGGAUACCUAUGACAAGUAUCAAACUUUACUAGGAGAUCCGAAACAUCCUUGGUUUCUUAGAAAUGAUGAAGUGGCCAGAAGGACCGCUACCACUACCACUACCAGUACUACUACACCUACUGCUCCUACAACUACACCUUCAAUGGAAACUACAACAGUUGAAUAACUAGUUAGUAGUUUGUGCGGUGGCUGCCGUGCGACGUGUAGCUUGUUAGAAUCCCGCACGCAGCAACUCUUUGUAUGAUCCACAAAUUGGGGUGCGAUGUGUAUUAUGUUAAUGUAAUUUAAAAUUCUAGGAUUUUCUUCUGUGCCAUGCGUGCGUUUAAAAACUUAUGUUCAACAACGUAUUCUUAAAAAAUACCGGCGUUUCGUUACCUUUCCAACAAAUGCAAAACCGUGGAAAUCGGUCCGAGCGUUCUGGAGUUAUAACGUUAGGAAGGAAAACCCGACUUAUUUUAAUAUUAUAGAUUAUGAUGCCUUUGCAAAAACGAGGCAUGCAUGUACAGUGAAGUAUUUUGACAUUUAUUUGUUUGUUGUGUCAUGUUCUCCGGGGCUCUGGCUUGAAAAGCAGGAGUACGAACUGAGUGGUGUUUAGUCAGUAAGAGUCAUGAACAUGAAACAUGACCUGUAUACCAAAUAAUGUGUGAUGAGGUCUAU